CCAAUAGAGCCACACUGUACACACACACACACAGCCAGGGAGGAAAUUGAUAGCCUCAGCCAGUAUCUGACCAGUAUAAUCUGGACUUCUGAGAUCAAUCUUUAACUCUGAUCUGCCAGCUGGAUUAAAACCUUGCUCAUUUAGCAGAGUGACCACAGCCUCAGCCCACACAGCUUCACUUCAGCACCAUGGCUCAAUACGACCAACUUGAAGAUAAGGACUCACUGGAUAUUCAUGAUAAUCCACCAGUACCUGAGAAUGUGGUUCGAGAGGAUGAAAACACUGUGUAUUUUGUGUAUGAUGAAGAGGUGGAGGAAGAAGAGGCUCCUCCUCCCCCCACUCCUGAGCCUGUAGUGCUGGUAAACGACAGACCGCAUAAGUUUAAGGACCACUACUGCAAGACACCCAAGUUCUGCGAUGUGUGUGCUCGAAUGAUCGUCCUCAACAACAAAUUUUGUCUGCGCUGCAAGAACUGCAAGACCAACAUUCAUCACGCAUGCCAGUCAUAUGUGGAGUUCCAGAGAUGCUUUGGCAAAAUACCCCCAGGUUUCAGACGAGCCUACAGCUCCCCUCUGUAUGAUCAGGAGAUAAAUAACCCUGGUCAGCAGAAUCGCAGUGACCCGGUCUUUGAUACUCUGCGUGUUGGAGUUAUUAUGGCCAAUAAGGAGAGGAAGAAGGGAUCAGAAGAUAAAAAGAAUAUGAUGAUGAUGAUGAUGGAGGAGGAAGAAGCCCAGCAGCCCAAAGAAGAUGAAGAAGUGGGUGAAGGGAAGCAGGAUGGAGAUAAGAAAGAUAAAACAGCUGCAGAUGACAAGAAUAAGCAGAACUUCAGUCAGAGUCACUACUACAUGGCUCUGUACCGUUUCAAAGCUAUAGAGAAGGAUGACCUUGACUUCCACCCCGGUGAUCGUAUCACAGUUAUUGAUGACUCCAAUGAAGAAUGGUGGAGGGGUAAGAUCGGGGAGAAGACGGGUUAUCUGCCAAUGACGUACAUCAUCAGAGUGCGUGCAGGAGAGAGAGUGUAUAAAGUGACUCGCUCCUUCGUAGGGAACAGAGAGAUGGGUCAGAUUACACUCAAAAAAGACCAGAUUGUGGUGAAGAAAGGAGAGGAGGUUAACGGCUACCUGAAGGUCAGUACAGGCCGAAAACUGGGCUUCUUCCCUGCUGACCUGCUUGAGGAGAUCUAAGCAGCACCACCGUACCUCUGUUCCAAGGCAAAUGCAAACGAGCAAAGAAACAAUACAAAUAUAUAGUGCCAGUCAAAAGUUUGGAAACAACAUUUCAUGAAAAAAUUAAAAAAAUAAAUUACAUUGUAAAUGAAUACUGAAGGAAUCAUGUAGUAACUUAAAAGUGUUAAACAAACCAAAAUACUCUGUGGGGUGCUGCUUGAUUGCGGCUUUCCUUUUCUGGGGCGGUCCUGAUGAGUGCCAGUUUCAUCGUAACGUUUUUUAAGGCCUUUGUGACUUCACUUAAAAGUACGUCAUACAGCUGACUGAUAAAGUGCCUACUUUAAAGAAUCUAAAAAUAGAAAACUAUUAUUUUAUUCAAAUAAUGUUUGCAUAUGAUUCAUAGUUUGGAUGACUUUAUAUAUUAAUAUUAAUAUACAAUGCAGAAAAAUCACUGAAUUUAAGGUGUGUCCAAACUUUAACUGGUACUGUACAUACAUUUAUACGUAUAUACAUACAUACAUAUAUACAUACAUACAUACCAACAGACAUACACGGACACCAAAUGCAAAUAACAGCAAUUUUAAAAGGUAUUGUUAGAGUGAGCAUAUCUGAGCCUUAAUAAUUGUGUUACUAUGGAAAGCACUGUUAGCACACACACACACAAUACCAAAGUAAAUAGGCCUUUUUUGUACCUUUAUGACUAUUCUAAUCACCUGUGCUGCCUGUGCUCGCUCUUCUUUACUUUACACCGUUUACUGUGGCCUUUAUUCUUGUUUAUAUACUGAGUAAAAAAGAUCAUUUUACAUAUAGGUCAAAUAUUUAAAUUAUACAUACAUGAAUUUUAUGUUUAAUGAGCUAAUAGGAUGAAAAUGUGUGUGCUGUGAAAUUGUAAAGCUGAAGUAUUGGAUUUUUUUUUAAUGUACAGCAGUGUAAAAUGAGAUGUGAGCAGUUUUACGUCAUACACAGUAGCUGUGCAUGGAAGGUUUGGCUAUCUGUCCAUCUGAAGACUUUCUACAUUCUGUAGUUUGCUCUGCUGUAUAUUUAAGCAUACCUGGUGCCUGCUGUGUUAAACUUCUUGCUGCUAAUGUUGAGAGAUCCAAAGAUUUAUGGCAGCUUAUCCACUGGAAACUUGUGUUCAAGUACAGGUUCAGUUUCAGACUCACAGUGUAAACACAAACCUCCUAAUAAAGGCAACUAUUUUUUGUAUAUCA